AGCUCAUUUUCACUCGCACCACGGCACCAUGAAAAGCAACGAGCAUAAAGGGCUGAAGCUGAAGCGGGAGGUAGGGUUAAUUAGUGCGGUAUCUCUGGCUGCCGGCACUAUGAUAGGAUCGGGGAUCUUUAUGUCCCCUCAGUUUGUGAUGUCCAACGUUGGAAGCCCUGGAGCGAGUUUGGUCAUCUGGGCUGUGUGUGGCCUGGUGACUCUAUGUGCUGCGCUCACUUAUGCAGAGCUUGGUACAAUCUUCAGAGAAUCUGGAGGUGAAUUCAUCUACGUCCUGAGAAUCUACCAACCUUUACCUGCAUUCUUUGUGGCAUUCACGGUAAUAAUCGUGUUGAAGCCGUCAAGUAUUGUGGCUGUAGCCUUGAGCUUUGCUCAGUAUGCUGUGGCUCCUUUUUAUCCAGGCUGCAUUCCACCUACAUUGGUGGUGAAAUGUAUAGCAGUGGCGUGCAUUUUUGUGGUGGCUACCAUCAAUAUACUGAAUGUUCGCAUUGCCAUGGCCAUUCAGGUUAUCUUCCUGGUGGCAAAAGUUGUAGGUCUGAUGGUGAUCGUUAUUGGUGGAAUAGUUACCAUUGCCCAAAAUGGCCUGGGAAGCCUUGGAAAUCCGGACAUUGCCUUUGAGGGCACAAAUCUGGGGCUCAGUGGCAUUGGAAUGGCUCUGUAUCAGGGACUCUGGGCUUUCUCAGGAUGGUCUAAUUUGAGCUUUGUGCUUGAAGAGGUGAAAAAGCCAGAGUUUGUGAUAUCCAACGUUGGAAGCCCUGGAGCGAGUUUGGUCAUCUGGGCUGUGUGUGGCCUGGUGACUCUAUGUGCUGCGCUCACUUAUGCAGAGCUUGGCACCAUGUUCAGAGAAUCUGGAGGUGAAUUCAUCUACGUCCUGAGAAUCUACGGACCCUUACCUGCAUUCUUUGUGGCAUUCACAUUCACAAUCGUAGUGAAGCCAGCAGGUAUUGCGGCUGUAGCCUUGAGCUUUGCUCAGUAUGCUGUGGCUCCUUUUUAUCCAGGCUGCAUUCCACCUUCACUGGUGGUGAAAUGUAUAGCAGUGGCGUGCAUUUUUGUGGUGGCUAUCAUCAAUAUACUGAAUGUUCGCUUUGCCAUGGCCAUUCAGGUUAUCUUCCUGGUGGCAAAAGUUGUAGGUCUGAUGGUGAUCGUUAUUGGUGGAAUAGUUGCCAUGGCCCAAAAUGGCCUGGGAAGCCUUGGAAAUCCAGACGUUGCCUUUGAGGGCACAAAUGUGGGGCUCAGUGGCAUUGGAAUGGCUCUGUAUCAGGGACUCUGGGCUUUCGGAGGAUGGUACAAUUUAAACUUUGUACUUGAGGAGGUCAAAAAGCCAGAGGUAAAUCUCCCCCGGGCAUUAAUGAUUGCCAUCCCAAUGGUAACGAUCCUCUACCUGCUGGUUAAUAUCAGUUAUCUGGCCGUCAUGACUCCUAGAGAGAUGAUGAUGUCCAGUGCUGUAGCAGUUACUUGGGGCAAUAAGGUCCUGGGCAGCUUGGGCUGGGUGAUGUCUAUUGCAGCAGCAUUAUCUUCCUUUGGCACGCUGAAUGGAUCAUUCUUCAGUGGAGGGCGAAUUGCCUUUGUAGCUGCCCGAGAGGGUCACAUGCCUAGCAUCCUGUCCAUGGCCCAUGUGCGACGCCUCACUCCCUCUCCAGCUCUCAUUUUUACCACCAUCAUCGCUUUCAUUGUGCUCAUUCCUGGAGACUUCCAGGGAAUAAUCAACUUCUUCAGCUUUACCUCCUGGUUCUUCUAUGGAGUUACGGUAUCUGGACUACUCUAUCUAAAAUUCAAAAAGUCUGAUCUUCCACAUGCUUACAAGGUACCCAUUUUUAUCCCCAUUCUGGUGCUGCUGGCGGCUGUGUUCCUGGUUCUAGCACCCAUCGUUGACAAUCCUCAGCUCGAGUACCUAUAUGUGACCCUCUUCAUCCUAAGCGGAGCUUUGAUUUAUAUUCCAUUCAUUCACUUCAAACUGUGUCCAAACCUGCUGGACAAACUCACAGUGGUCCUGCAGCUCUUCCUGGAGGUGGCACCAGCUGACAAAAAUAUAUAAAACACCACAUCAGACUGAGAGGCAGAGCUUUUUAACCUCUUGUGCUGGUCAGCAAUGAGCCUUUAUAACCAUUUGUAAAAGAACAUUUCUAAUUAUAUUUCUUUACUUUUAUAUAGAAUAUAUACAUUUCUGUUUGAAAAAAUAUAAUUUCUAAUAUUGCUAUGUGGAAAGAAAAGACAGAGAAUAAUUGAUAGAAAAGAGAAAACAGAUUCAUACAAUUUUAAGUAUUUUUUUUUUUAUUAUUAUUUUUUUUUUUAUCAGUUAAGCUUUAAUGGGGGUUUUGGUGUUAUUAUUUAAUCAUAGGAAAAACAAUGUAUUCUGAAUAUUUGUUCUUUGCAGGUACUUGUUCCUGUACAGAAAGUAGAAAUAACACUUUACACUGUUAAUAAACUGGUCAUACUGCAA